UUAAGUUUAAUCAAUUAUUGAUGCUUGUGGCGUUUUUUGCGGUUGUUUAUUAUAAAAUUGUUGUUUUUGUGCGAAAAAAUUGUGAAAAGUGUUUAUUAGAAUGUCGUUUAUAAGGAGUUUGAAGGAUGAGUUAGAGAAUGCGUCGGAUAAUGAGGAUUUCGACUUGUCUUCAGGUUGCGACAUGAGUUUUGAGCUUAGCAGUGAUAAUUUGCAGUUAACCAGUCCGCAGGGUAUACGCAGGAUAGAUUUAAUGAAUUCUGGGGAGAACAACAACACACCGGGGCCUAAAAACCCCUCGUUUAGCCCUCCGUACAAACGUGUGAGGGCUUUAAGACUGUUCGAUAGCCCUCUCACACCAAAAACCAUAUUACAAAAAUGCUCUACGAACACCCCUGUACCCCGCAGCAGACUAUUCACAGACAAACCCAAAGCGGUAGCUUCGGCGUACGCAAAACCGGAACGACCUCUAGCAAACGUGAACCCCUUCACCCCAAACGGAAUGCUUUUAUCGAAAAAACGCACCCGCUCCAUACGAUCUUUGAUGGGUUCGCCGGAAGUAAGAAUCCCGAAGCUCGAUUUGAGCGAUGCCGACGUAGACGAGGUGGAAAUACAACAACCCACAAAAAGGGUCGCUUUACAGGAAAACAACAUCUCCCGAUACCAUCAAGAGUUCCUCGAACAAGAGCUAAUAGGGGCAGGCCAAUUCGGCUCGGUCUACAAAUGCGUCAACAGGUUAGACGGCUGUGUUUAUGCCGUCAAAAAAUCCACAAAACCUGUAGCUGGAAGUGUUCUGGAAAAGACAGCUUUAAACGAAGUGUAUGCACAUGCAGUUUUAGGCAAGCACCAGCAUGUCGUGCGCUACUAUUCAGCGUGGGCGGAAGACAACCACAUGAUAAUACAGAACGAGUACUGUAAUGGGGGCUCGCUGGCGGACAAAAUCGGGCAGGAGGCGCUCAGUGCGGCGGAGCUGCGCCGAUUUUUGCUGCACGUAGCGGAAGGGCUGCGUUACAUCCACAGCGAGGGGCUGGUGCACUUGGACAUCAAGCCUGGCAACAUUUUUAUAUCGAAAGAGAAGAAGAUUCACAUUACGAAUUAUGAUUCCGCGGACGAUGGGUUCGAGGACUUGGACGAUAAUUCGCUGUAUGAGGAAGAGUUGACGUAUAAAAUUGGCGAUCUUGGACAUGUCACAAGUUUGAGUAAUCCACAGGUCGAAGAAGGCGACUGCCGCUACCUCCCCAAUGAAAUCCUCCACGAAGACUACUCGCACCUAACGAAAGCCGACGUGUUCGCGUUGGGUCUGACGGCGCUCGAAUGCGCCGGCAGCGGCCCGCUCCCCAAGAACGGCGACCAAUGGCACGCGCUGCGCCGCGGGGAACUCCCCCCGCUCCCCCAACUCCUCACGCGCGAUCUCCUCGAGCUCAUCCAAACCAUGAUCCGGCCGGACCCCGCGCAACGCCCCGCCCCCGUGCAGAUCCUGCAGAGCAGGGCGCUAUCGCCCGAGAGCGGAAAAUCCAAGGCCGAGCUGACGCGCGAGCUCAACGCGGAAAAGCUGCGCAACGAGCUGCUGAUCAAGCAGCUCAAGGAGGCGACGAUGUGCAUCAAAACGAUCGCCAAGGACGGCGGUAAAGGUAAGGCGGGCAAAAGUGCGCGGCUCUUGGGCAAGAACGUCAACAGGAGCAUCUCGACGACCACCUUUUAAUAAAAAUUGAAAAAAUUUAAUUUUUUGACGAAAUUUUUUGGAUUUCAGUAUUUUUUUUACCCCUCUUAGGUUGGAGAGAGCUUUUGGCAAAGUUUUAAUCAAAUCCAAAUAUAGUUACAUCAGGCAACACUGUUAUAAAAAAUACAAAUUAACAAAAUAAUCUACGCUUAAUAACCUUCAAAAUGACGUAACUCACAAUAUUCUACGAUGUAUACUUUCCGAGUUACAACGCUCUAAACGCCAAACUCACUUCAAAAACGCCAUUUUACGUUUCAACCCGUAACUUCCAAACGCGAAUUUUGCAAAAAACAAAAUUAAUCCACGAUAAUCGACGAUUAAAUUGAUGCAAGUUGCAGUUUCG